AAUUGUACUUUUUAUUAAUUUAUGUCAAGCGGGUACUGGACGUUGUAUUGUUGACAAGGCUCAUCGUAAUCAGUGUCAGGCGUGUCGUCUAAAAAAGUGCCUUCAAAUGGGAAUGAACAAAGAUGCCGUACAAAAUGAACGUCAGCCACGUAACACGGCCACUAUUAGACCGGAGACACUGCGGGAGAUGGAGCAUGGACGAGCUUUACGUGAAGCUGCUGUAGCUGUGGGGGUUUUUGGACCACCCGUUUUAUUGUCACCGCCAUGUUAUGGACCUGCUUUACUACCGCCGCCAUCACUUUCAGGUUUGCCGACGGGGCGUCUAUUACAUCAUAAUCACUUGGCCGCCACUUCAAUGCAAUUAUCGGCGAAUAUGAACAACAAUAAUAACAAUACUGCUACAUUUCCCAUAUUCAAUAACAACAACAUUUACAAUGCCAACUCAGCCACCACAAAAGAUAAAAGAUAUGCUGACUUAUCAAGUGGCGGCACUAUUUCAUCAUCAUCAAAUUCCUCAAGUAGCAAUUCAAUAGAUCCCUGUUCGCCUCCACCAGAAAAUGCUGCUUCCAAAAAUCCAGUCAGUGGUAGUGUCUCGUCAAUUAGUUCCGCCAGUCCUAUACCAGAUAAUGAUAAUGAUGAUGAUUCCAUUGAUGUUACCAAUGAGGAUGAAGAACCCUUAAAUGGUGAAAAAUCCUUAAUGCAAUUCGAUAUUGCCCAGAUAAUGUCACCCAAUUUGUAUGUCCAUCAACAUGAGACGGUGUACGAGACCAGUGCUCGUCUUUUAUUUAUGGCUGUGAAAUGGGCAAAAAAUUUACCCAGUUUUGCUAGUCUUUCAUUUCGAGAUCAGGUUAUUCUCUUGGAGGAAUCGUGGUCAGAAUUAUUUUUACUAAAUGCUAUUCAAUGGUGCAUACCUUUGGAUCCUUCAAAUUGUCCUUUAUUUUCAGUAGCCGAACAUUGUAAUAAUUAUGAAUCCAGCAAUAAUAAUGGCAGUAAUUGCAUGUCAAAAGAAGAGAUUGCCUCCGAUGUGCGCACUUUAUAUGAAAUUUUCUGCAAGUACAAAGCUGUAUUAGUAGAUCCUGCAGAAUUUGCCUGUCUUAAAGCCAUCGUCUUAUUUCGACCCGAGACACGAGGUCUUAAAGAUCCUGCGCAAAUUGAAAAUUUACAAGAUCAGGCCCAUGUCAUGUUAGCUCAACAUACGAAAGCUCAAUUUACCGCCCAAGUGGCUCGUUUUGGUCGUUUACUGUUAAUGUUGCCCCUGUUGCGUAUGAUUAAUUCACACAAAAUCGAACUGGUCUAUUUUCAGCGCACCAUUGGUAAUACUCCCAUGGAAAAAGUCUUGUGCGAUAUGUAUAAAAAUUAGACGAAUUUUUUUCUGAAAUAUUUAAAAUGUUUAAGU